AUGGCUAGAGGCUACGCAGGCCGGAUCCAGGCCUUCUCCAAAGCCGCUCUUCUUGGUUUGGUCCUCUUAUCCAUGGUGACCUGGGUACCGCAUGCGUGUUCUUGCCUGAGGGCCUUCCUCUUUGUGUCACUUCCUUCUGCUGCUUCAGCGAUCGCCACACCCAAGUGCCUCUUCAUCUUCUCCAACAUCAUCGUCCUCUUCCUCGCCACCGAGUCCAGGCUCUCGCGGAACGGUGCUCGAUCCCCGAGCACUGGUGAGGAUGACAUAGAUGCUGUGGUCCGUGAGCUUGUGGCUUUUACACAUGCAAUCAAAGAGACCCAUGCUGCAGAAGAGAUCGUCAAAGCAGAACAAGAAGUUAGUGUACGCAUGACCACGCAGCAGCUAGAUCAAUGUGAAAAGGAAGAAGAGAGCGACGUCGCACUGGUUAACAAUAAUGUUGGUGAUGACCUGCAAGAAGAGGUGAUGAAGGAAGAAGACUGUGAGGAGUCAACGGAGCUGCCUACUGAGGAGCUGAAUAGGAGAGUGGAAGACUUCAUUGCAAGAUUCAACAUGGAGAGGCAGCUCGAGGCAAGGAUGGUCGUGUGUUGCUGCUGA